GGAGCCACAUGCUCGUUUGAUGCCAGGCCUCCCAAGCAGUAAGCGAAGCUUCUGCAGGGGCCAGAAUGAGGGAGCUUUGCUGCCAGAAUUCGGCGCUGAUGUAGGUCUGCAUGAGCUUUUUGUCAUGUCCUUUGCCUGGGCCUACCAUGAGACACCCAAGUACCAGCACCGUGAUCCCAUCACCUCUGAGAUGCUGCUGUGUGACCAGUGUCCACCGGGCACAGCCGUGGAGCACCACUGCACUUCCAACAAGCCCACCAUCUGCUCCCCCUGCCCUGAGAAGCGCUUCGCAGAGCAGUGGCACUGGGGAGACAGCUGCCAGCACUGCACUUCAGUCUGCAAGGAGAGACAGCUUGUCCAGAGGGAAUGCAAUAGUACACAUGAUCGUAUUUGUGAAUGCAUAGCUGGCUACCACCUGGUGGUGGAAUUCUGCGUCCCACAUACUGCCUGUCCGCCAGGCUCAGGUGUCUCCGUGCUGGGUACACCUGACAGUGACACUGUGUGUGAGAAGUGUCCCCAGGGCUUUUUCUCCAGUGUGGACUCAGCCAUGGAGCCCUGCCAGCCUCACCGGGAGUGCUCCCAGCUGGGGCUGAAGACCCUAAGGCAUGGUACAGCCACCCAGGAUGCGCUAUGCGAGAGUGAGCUCACUUUCGAUUGCUCUCAUCAGCUUGCAGAGUGCAACAAUGACAUCACCUUGUGCGAGGAGGUCAUAUUCCAGUUCAUGGCGUCUCCACCACUAGCUUCUGUACCGGUGGAGCGCUUGCUGGAGAGCCUGCCCGGACGUAAGGUGGAAUGGAAGAGUGUGGAGCGGCUGAAGAAGAACUGUAGCCCUCACCAGCAGGCCUUGCAUCUGCUGCGUCUAUGGCGGGAGAAGAAUAAAGACCAAGACAAGCUGUACACCAUCAUCCAAGGUGUGAGCCACUGUGAAAGGAAGGUGUCUCGCUGCACUAGCCUGAGGAACGUGACACUAGGAGACCUGCUAGAACUUGUAAACAGCCUCCCUGGAGAGAAGGUGAGCGAGGAGGCUGUUAAGGCGUUGGCUCUCUAUUGCCCUUCGCACCGCUACAUUGCGCAGCUGCUUCACCUGUGGAAGAGCCAGAAUGGUGGUCAGGACCUGGUCAAGGCUCUGUCCCACAGCCUACGCAAGCUUCGCUCACGUGGAGCCCCACGGCCCCUGCUGCGGUAUCUGAAACGGGUCAUCCGCAUCAUCAGCACCUCGUCUGUGCACCGCGUGUAUGAAAAAAUGAUUGCCAACAUGCUCCAGGACAGUUCAUGCUUCAAAUCCAAACCCUACAAUGACUAAAAUCCUGGAAGCGUAGGAAGGACGGCUGAAGUGAAGAAUUAUUUAAUUGCAGAGAGAGGUGUAUAAAAUUUCACUUUUGGAUAAAAAGCGGGACAGAAGGGGUGGGUGGGGUUCUGUUUUGGUGUUUUCAGUAGAAGCAAUAAGGGACAAAAAUACUUUUGUGCCCUGCUUUUCACAUCUCUUGUUGGACUGCUUCUACUGAAGCUCUAAACAAAAGAAUGUCGGAUAUGAAUGUACAGUACAGUGGAGUGCAAUUGUGUUUUAUUUAAGUAAUGGUGUGUUUAAGGUUUAUGUUUAUCCCAAUUUGCUCUAAAAAUUUUCUAUUUAUCAAUUUGUCAGAAAACUGGACUCUGAAACUACAUUUCGUAUUUGAAAGCAAAUUUUAUAUGUUUAUUUUAUAUUUGUGGCUUUUUUACAUUCAGUUUUAUUUUAUAUGAAUAGUUUACUUCAUAAUAAGGUGGCAGUGACAAGCAACAUGUUGAACUAGAUGUGCACUGUAAAUAUGUGGCUGAAUUUAAAGAGCGUACUAGUCCCAUACGUAUGUCAAGAUACACAAGGUAAAUAUUUCCACAGCCUAACUUAAAUAUACAGUUCCAUGUCAAAGCUGUUCCCAUGUUUUUUUAUAUUGCAUGUCAGGAUGCAUAUUGCAUACUGUUUUCUUUAUUCAUUAUGGGAUUAAAUUUCCUCUGAUGCCAUUUUUGCUCACGGUUAAGUUGCGAAUUUGCUCAUAUUUCAGAGAACUGGGGAACUCCCUGGCACUUCUCUUUGCAGGCUUUGUCCUGCGAUUCUUGCUUUGCUGUAUGUUUUGAGUGUAUUUUUGAAAUCCCUUUGUGUAAAUAUUUGCCUAUAUAUUUUUUUGCAUUGAACAUUUUGUAUGAAUCA